AUGGCGACGAUAGUAACUGAUUCAAAUUUAUGUUCAAUCUGCAAUAAACCUUCAGCAAGACGCUUUUGCAUUGGAUGUAAAAAAUAUUUUUGCCCGAAGGAUUUCAAAGAACAUGAACAACAACUAUCGAUAAAAUUCGACAAUGAAAUCGUCCGAUCACACGAUGAACUUCUUAAUCAAAUACCAAAAUUAGAAAAAUCAAAUUUUUUAUCAUUAGAUCUUUUUGAUCAAAUUGAACAAUGGAAAAAUACAACAAUCGACAAAGUAAAAAAAGCAGCAGAAAAAGCUCAAUAUGAACUCACCAAAUUAAUCGAUAAACAAAGAAUAACAAUAAUAAACCAACUUGAACUAAUUACAAGAGAAAUUCGUUGUCGUCGAGAAGAAGAAAACUUUGUUGAAAAUGAUAUCGAUGAACUUAAACAAAAAAUCAAUAAAAUUAAACAAAAACUUGAACAAUUUACUCAAAAAGAUACUACUAAAACUAUUAUUAUUAUUAACAAUGAUCAAAUUGAUUUGAAUCGACUUAUUUACAUUCAAGAACAACAAUUAGACUGUGAGUAUAUUGCACUACAAAUAUAA